AUGGAGGAAGGCCGGGGCGAGGGCGGCGGGGAACCGGGCGAGGCGGCGUCCGGCGUCACCCUCGUCGUGAAGAGCCCCGCGCAGCGCCACCCGGACCUGCUGCUGCCCGCUCAGCGCUCGUGGAGCGUCCGGCGCCUCAAGGCGGAGCUCCGGCGCCUCCACCCGGACGGGCCGCCUGAAGACUCUCAGCGGCUGAUUUAUUCUGGGAAGUUGUUGCCUGACCACCUUUGCUUGCAAGAGGCACUUGCCAAGCACGAGAUGGUGCAUGCUGUACACUUGGUGUGCAACUCAAAGAAUGUGCCGCAUGUACAAGAAACUGAUGGGAAGGUUGCUGAGGCCAAGAAAGAGUCAGCAACAUGUAGCCAAGGUCCUUCUGCACUUUCGUCAGCCCACAGUGGGAGUCAAAGGGAGAAUUAUCGCAACCAGCCUUUUACAACAGGGGAAGCUGGUAAUAGGUAUCAUCCCUUUCAAGGCAUGAAUCCUGGCUAUCAUUCGUAUACCAUGUACCACAUGCUGCAGUUCUGGUCCCAGCAGAUUUAUGCAAGGCAAUACUACAUGCAGUACAUGGCCGCCAGUGCUGGUUCGAGUGAAUUAUCUCCUACACAAAGUACUCAGGAAAUCCCCGUUGCCCCCGUUGCUGCUCCGGCUCCUCUCCCUGGUGCAUUUCCUGCUGAAAACCAGCCUGCAAAUCAGAAUGUUCCCCCUCAGGUGAACCCCGGAGUCAAUCAGAAUCUACGAAUGAAUGCACAGGGAGGUCCUCUGAUGGAAGAGGAUGAAGAAGGCAACCGCGACUGGCUGGACUGGCUGUAUUCGGCAACCCUGUUUUAUGUGUUUGUCAACAUUGUCUACUUCUACUCCAGCAUGAGCAGGCUUCUCAUGGUGAUGGUGGGCACUCUUCUGAUGUACUUGCACCAGAUUGGAUGGUUCCCUUUUAGGCGGAGGCCAGCUCAGAACAAUGUCGCCCCACAAGCAGCUGUUAAUCAAGACCAAAACAAUAACUUACAGCAGGAAGAAAAUGCUGAUGGCCAAGGAGAAAUGGAGGGCCUUGAAGCUGUACCAGAGAGUGAACCAGCAUCGCCUUCGUUUAUGAGCACAGCCUGGCUGUUCUUCAAGGCUUUCUUUGCAUCCCUCUUACCUGAGGGGCCUGCAGCUGUGGUCAACUAAAUGGCUGCUGUUUACCUAUACAGUAGCCUGUUACUGCAGCUGUCUGCUCUGCUGGAACAAGAUAGG